AUGGAGCUGGGGGCGCUGGCAGCGUUCACCGUGCCCACGACCGGAGUGCAGGUUCCUGGACCAAAAGCUGGUGGAAGGAAGCGGAGCGGUGCCUGGCUCUUUUCCAGGGAUCCCCAAGUGAGGGGCACCUCGAGGAUGCUUGGCCCCAUCAGGCCUGGUUCUUCCUCCCUGGAGCAUAGUUUUGUUCCAGAAGAGGUUUUCCAAAGCCUGACCUGUACCAGCAGUUCUCUCUACAGCCCAGAGCGCUUACGGUCCCCACAAACCACCAAAACCCCAAUGGGCUGCAGGGGCUGCCUGCAAACCCCAGAUCGGCUUUGGCAUUAUCCUAAUCGUCAGAGCAAGUUCUGACACCUGACAGACCACCCUGUCAGUUUGACGGGUGCUGGAAGAGAUGUCUCUUACCUGUGUGACAUUGCAGUUGGCCAAGAAGCUAAGACAGCAAUGACUGGCAGAAGCUCUUUUUCUGAGGGUCAUCAGGACCAGAGGAGCAGCCGCGGUAGAGUCCCACAUGCUCCUGUGACAACCUUAGCAGGUAGGCUGGUUCCUGAGGAAUUUCACAUCGUGAAGAACAGGGGAGUUUUGCCCCUGAAGUACUUCGAUGGUAAAUACACAACACUGCUUGAGGACCAUGAAAAGAAACUGCAGCUGUUACAAUCCAUGGAACCUUCUGGGAGGUUGGAGGUCAUCCAGCUGAUGGAGGCGAUGGACAGCAUGUUGGAAAAAGCUGGAGCAGACAAGCUAAUCAGAGUGACGAGACCUUCAGAGCUGUACAACGUGCUGGAGCUGUUGAAGGCAGAGCAGAACAUCUACAACAUCAUUUCCCAUGAGCUGAUUCAGCAGGUCAGUGUGGACCGCAUGGAGAGACGACAGCUGCUUUCGAAGCUCGGGCAGAGGUAGGUGAGCCUCCUAGAGCGGAUUCCUGAACAGAUGAAGACCCUCUAAAAAAUGAUGGCACAGCAGAUGAUGGACAGACGUAUUAGAGAAGAACUACGUUGUUUUAAAGAAUCUGUUGGACAGCUGGCCAGCGAGCUGUGUGAGGUACAGGAACAUGACCAGAAAGUGACCAAAGAAGCAGAAGCAGCUCAAGAGGAGCUAGCUGCAGCCAUGCAGGAGGCUAAGACAAAUGCAAACCUUGUGGAAGAGCAUCGGGAGUUAUACGAGUUACAGAGAAGACGACUGAAAGAGCAGGUUCUGCUGCUCGCUCAAGGGACAUGGAGCUCAGCUGCGUAUGACCUGGCUCUGAAGAUAAUAGACAGAAACCAGCUUACAUUGGUUUGCAGGCUCCAUAUUAGUGGAAAGACACUGACCAACAUUUUCAAGCAUUUCGUAGUCCUCUUGGCCUCAAAGGACACGGGAGACCUGGCUGAUCUGUAGGAAGAGACCGAGCAGUUCAGGGAGAAGUUGGGUCACGUCAGAGCAGAAACAGAGUGUUCAGAGAAGUCCAGCCAGGGAAAACUGCAAAUUGUCUGCAGUAGCUUCAACAGGCAGCUUCAAUACUUCCAUAGCAGUGACAUCUCCUCUCUCAUGAAUGAAAAGCUACUGGAUGAAAUCCUACAAGACAUAAAGAACUUGAUAAAUAUGCUCAAAGGAGACCUAGAGCAGUAAGGAGGGGAGGCGUACCUAAGAAAGACUGAAAGUCUGAGGAGCGCUGCCAGCCUGCAGGAACACUGGACGGAGCUGGGACAGACAAUGCGGAAUCGCCACCGGGACUUGGCUGGAGCACUGCCUCCACAGCACACUGCUCUGCAAGAAAUAAACCAAAGGGCAUGUGACUACCAGCAGUACAAGAUAAGGAUAAAUGGGGAUAAUGGCACAGCUAGGUUUUUGACAGCUUUGGUGAGAAGUAUGGAAGAUUGGUUAUUCAAGGUGCAAAAGCUGAAGCGAGGUUCUGGCACGCACGAAGCUGAGCUGCAGGCAUUUUAUCACAAGAUCCCUGCGUGGCUGGCCCAGGUGGAUGCAGUGAUGAGCUGUAUAGGCUCCAGCCAGUUGCGUGAAGCUCAGUGUGAUAAGAAAUUGCAUUUCUUGGUGGUACCUGGAGGACUUUUUCAGAUGAUUCAGCAAUGGGUUCUGUCCAUGAAUAAUGUGGUUCAGAAGAACAUCAUGCAUCUUAAUGAAAACGUGAUCGAACUGCACAGAAACCUGACCCUGUGGCUGGUGGAUUGGCUGAGACACAUGACAGCAGAAUGCUUGUCCCGUGAGCGUCCCCAGCCAGAAGACUCAGACACUGAGACAGAUGAGAAGCUCAGACUUCUGAGGGCUCAUAAGCUUCAGCAUCGAGCUGAAGAGCUGGUUGUGGACAGCAGACUGGCUGGUUCUAUAAUCAGCUGCUGUCACGAGAUUGUCAAUGCAAUUGUUCGAAAGAAACGGUCAGAGGCAGAUUUAGAAGCUGAUUUUGAGCUGGAGGAGCUGAAUAAGAUCAAGACUGAGUGCUGUAAUUGGAUUGAAGCAUGUAGUUUCCUCCUUUCAGAAGUUAAAGGCUUUCCAGUCUCCUUUCUGGAUUUAGAAGAACUGAGAAACCUCUUUGGAUCAGAGGUAUAUGCAGACUGCAUUUGCUGCUCUAGGUCUAAGGGUGCCUUGCAGGAAUUGCAGUUGAAGCAUAAGGACACUGUCAUUUCUUCAACUAAGAGUGAGCUUGAAGCUGACGAUGCCAACAGCAAUAGGAAACCCGUAACAGAGGAAGAACCAUUAGAAGUAAAGGAGGAGAUUGCUAUUAUGCAGCAGCCAGGUGCUGGUAUGGAGUAUCUGAUUGAAGACAAUGAAGCCACUGCAGACAUAUACACGGGGCGUGACUCCAACAUCCACCUGAAAUCUCUGAAAUCGGACAUCAUUUCAGUUACAGGGACAGAGAUAGCUGCCACCAGGUCAUCGACUCCCUUUUCUCAGAAAGAGUUUGAGGCCCUGGCAGUGCUGGAACAUCGCAAGUGCAGCUCCUGUGAGUACUGGGCCUGUGCUAGAGGUAUGGGCAGGCAAGGUUUCAUCCCAGGCAAGUGCCUGUUCUGCUCUCUGAUAAGGUUCUGCUUCAUCCAAUAUCUAUUGGUAUCCUGCCUGCAGCUGCUUAGAUUUCAGGUUUCAGCAUUAUCUAUGCUUCUGUGUUUCAGAGAAACAGAGAUCCGUGCUCAGAAUGCAGAGGAGAGAUCUGAAGGUCUUGAAGAAAAGCUGGAAGAAGCUCUGCAGAGAAUCAAAGAGCUAGAGUGUGAGCUGGAGAAAGAGGGGAAAGUCAUCCCAGAAGCAGCACACCAAGAAGGACAAGGUCAGGAGAAUCAAUAUUCUGAACACUCUCCCAGGCUCAGAGAGGGAAGCAGUCUUUGAGGACACCUCAUUCGUCUCCUGUUUAGUGCAGGGCCCUCUCCUCCUGGGCACAUCCUAGGAUUGUUGUCAAGCAAGGAGGCUUUUAACAUGGUUCUAGAUCAGGGCAGAAAGAACUGCUGAACAUGGUCAGUUUUUUGAGAGGAAGUAAUUUUGUUUGAUUUUGACAUAUGACACAGGGUCUAUAUCUAGGAGAUCACUGUAAUUGACUUCAUCUUCCUUGUGAGUGUUCCCUGUGUUUAGGAUCACUGAUUUUGGGGUAGAAAAGAAAUAAUGUUUGAGGUCCCUUCACUCUCAGAGGCCACAAAUCUUUUGUGUUUAUAGCACCAGACACUCUUGCUGUCUCCAGGAGGUAUGUGAAUACUGCUGACCUACUGAUCUCGCCCUUAUGAUGUGGCAGUGAGUUCCUUAGGUUGCGUGUUUGUUUUGGAUGAAAGCAUUUCCUUGUGUCCUUUCUC